AUGGCAUCUCCUAACUUGGUGAUGAAGCUGAAAAGUUUUCCACCUCCCCCUGGUUUGGAAUCAGAACCUGAAGAGAUGAAUGAUGCAAGGAUCAAUUUGGUGGAUAUCAAAGGUACCCUAUGUGUGACAGACGUAAGGAGCAUGAUUGAGACUUCUGUUCUGGAAAUAUGGGCCCUUACUGAGUCUAGAAAUGAGGUUGACAAUAACAAUGGCAGAGGGAUUUGGGUAAAGCAGUAUAACCUCAGAAUGGAGAUUCCACUUCCAGACCCUGAAGGAGUAGGUACGCCUCUUGUCUUCCAGAAGUCGUCUAGCAAAGGAGAUGUAGUGAUACUUUCACCUGUUUCCGACAUGUAUUACAUCUUCGAUGUUGAGGAAGGAAGGCUUGUCAGGGAAAUCACCGUGGUUUCUGGCAAGAGAACGCUGACGACAUUAGGUUUUCGUUGGCAAAGCUUCUUGACCCUUUGA